GACGUCCAUUGUUUGCACUUGUUGUCCAAGGCCUUCGAUAACUACACAACCACUUUCGUCAUAACGAAUCCGCUAACUCCUUGUCCGUGACCAUCAUCAUCCUCUGAGAAUUUCAACUACCUCUAGCGAAUAGACUUUUACUUUGUCGUUAGAAUUGGUCUAGACAUGCCUGACCUGAACAGUCUCCCUCCGGAGUUGCUACUGAACAUCCUCCAAUACCUUCCGGUGCAAUGUCUAAAUGGAAUGAUGAAGCUUUCAAGAGAAUGGCGGACCUUCUUUACGGCGAACGAGGCGGCGAUAUAUAGGAAUGCCGCACUUGUACAUCAUUUUGUACCAUCCAUCGACAUCUCACUUGAAGACGCCAAGUGUCUUUAUGCUGGGCAUCUCCUCGAGAAUGUAGGCAAUUGGCGUUCAUUCUGCUGCCACCUCUUUCUGUUGCAAAGAAACUGGGCUGGCCGUGGCACAGCAACAAUCAAGACGUUCAACUCCCCGACCCGUAACGUACACCGCUUAAAGGUUGACGAACGAAACGGUAUUCUACUCACUACACAUUCACAAGGAGGAUUAAGAGUUUCUGAUCUUGAAACGGACAACAUCUUGUGGGGCCUUCCUGAAACAUAUGUUCGCAGUUGGGCGCACUGUGAAUACAGCAAUGGUUUUCUGAUCUUCGACCGCUUUGGCGAAUUCAAAGAAGUGUGGCGUCUUAAGAAUGAAUAUGACGAAGUCGCGGCAGAAAUGGUCUCGAAUGCUCCUGACGUUAUUCAACGCCAGGUUGGAGAUCUCGUCACCGCAAGUCAUCCGACGACUGAUGGUCGUGGCCAUUUCAAACCCUGGGCUCUACUGAAUACGCCGGAGUGGGGUCGAGCCUUUCGUUUCGUGUAUCCGACAUUGCUUGUUGCAUCCAUGACCAAGUCGUAUUUAUAUGACGUGGUAUACGGCCGGUUGGUUCAGACCAUCGAGCAUAGUCCUGAUGGGAACAUUGAGGAUAUCAACUACGUUGAGCUGAACGACCAAUACGUAUUCAUCUGCACUGCGGACCAUUUACGAAUAUACAGUCGUAAAAAUGGGCAAAGCGUUCUUCGAAUACCCUCACUCGACUUGCCGUCUGCUGGUUGUUUCAGUCUUGACCACAGCGUCUUCGAUUUUGAUGGCAAACCAUACAAACCCACCAUUAUCCCUGUUUCUCUACAUCCAGCGACACCGGAACGAAGUUUACGACGUUCAGAAUUUAUAGGGGUCCAUGUUUGCGGGCCCCACCUGGUAGGCCUACUGAGCCAUAACAGUGUGGUUUUCGUUCGAGACUACGAAACUGCAAUAACUUCUGGUGUACCCUUGAGUAACCUCACGCUCGAGAUAACACUGCGCCAUCCGAAUGAGUCCAUUGGAGAGUCCGUUUAUGUGGCUUACGAACAUGGUCAUGUUGGAGUUGUGACUACGUCCGGAGUGUUCGUGUUCACUGUUGAGCCAGAAUAUCAUGGUCUCAGCAAGAUCCCUUCCCAAACACUGGAACCAGAUACGAAUACUUCAGGUCCUGAUACCAAGCUUAUCAAGCUCGAUCAGACCGCUUUCCCUCACCUAGUUGCAUGUCGCAUUUUGCCCUUCGGCGAUGAUCACCUACUCCGAAGGGUGUCCUGUCUACAAAUGUCGGAUUCGAAACUCUACUUUACGUAUGAUCCUCAGGCUAUACGGAAGAACGAGAGCGCGAAACGACGCGCAGACGAUGAAGUUGAGAAUACGGAACCACAGGCUGGACCGUCUACCAGCAGGUCUCCAAGAUCCAUCGUACCAGUUGCACAACAGCAGGCCCAAGCAGGUCCACCAGAAGAUGAUAUGAUCGAAUGGAAUAAUACGGAAUAUAUGACUCUUGACGAACCCCCUGUCAUCGUGCCUCUGGAUGACGAAGACAUAGAUGAGGAGGUUGAUAGUGACACUAUUGAUUAUGAGAUGGAGAUGGAGGAUGACACGGACGAGGACGAGGACGAGGACGAUGAUAAUGCUGUUCCCUGGCUUCAUGUUCCAGCCCUCAGAGCUAGUGUCCUUUCCACUUUCCUUUAGUCGUAGUAUGCGUCGAUUUCAGCCCAUGACAUGAUGGAUGUAUAGUGUACAACAAGAUACAGCGAGAUAAUACAAAUUCGAUGCCGCACUGUUCUCAGGUUACCCAGAGCAGACGUGUAUGGUGAGAUGCUAGUUUGUUUCACCCUCUGGUAGGGGCACAAGUUGAAAGCGAAUUCCUGUAAGUAGUUUAGUUCACUGAGUGAGUGCUCCAUUGCUUAUUAUGACACAUGAAGAGAUACUCGCCAAUGUGAGACAUGAAACGAUUUAGGUUCUUCUCCUUCGAGCCAUGCUCGAGCAGGCCAUGAUCCUUGAGCAGUUCUUUCAGCAUUUUGGCUAUUCAUCGCAUUCUACAAGUCAAUACUAAAAUGAUAUAGUAAGCUCGAUUGACAUACG